UUGAAAUUGGGCACGCUAUUUAUCCAAAAGUGAAAAUGCUGCCCCCUAUACCUUAAGAAGCAACGUGAUUGUGCAAUGUCUCUUCACUAUGUCUUGUGGAACUCAGCUCAAAACUUUGGGAUAUCAUAAACUGACUUGGGAAGUAUUAUUGACUAAGAAAAUGUGAUAAACAGAUACAUGUGCUAAUAGAUGUAACUUUUAGAUGUAACUUUUUACAACACAAUUGAUUCUCAUUAUCCCUAGUGCGUAAAAGAACAGAGCUGUCUGGAAUUUCCAGUGAAGAGAGCGAAAACAAACAAGUCCGGCCGGGAUCUGGUCGUUUUUCUAGUACUUUGGACAGGCGGGCAUCAAGCAGUAAAGAUUCUCCUCUCCUCCUGGACGCCAAUGAUCCCAUUGUUGGACAGGCCUUCAUCUUGCCAAGACCACCCAGACCCUUGAUAGGCUCUCUAACUUUUCCAUCAUCUAUCCAAGGUUCAUUUGGAGUGAAGAGUGAGAAAUGUGUGAGAGUGUCUGACAGCUUACCUGAGGCCAUGGAGGAGUUAAGCAUCACAGAAUGUAGAGUAGUGGACCAGAGCCUGUGUACUACUGACCCUCCCAUGAGAUCUCCUGAUAACUUUGAACCAGGUGUCUAUGAUCCUGAGGGCAAGGGAGAAUAUCGGUUCCAGUGCCCCAGUGCAGGUCUGUUCCAGUGCAGUAUAACAGGCCUGGUGUUCAGGAUGGAGGGAGAGGGAGAGGUGCUCUAUAGGACAGUCCACUGGGACAGGAGGCUUCUAGCCAAGAGUGGCAAGAGGCCUGCAGGACCUCUGUUCAUGUUUACAUGCCUUAAGGGGUCUGUCAGUCAACUACACCUCCCACACUGUGAGAUUCAUUCUGAGGGUGGAUGUGACUUCCUGUCUGUAGCCCAUGUGACUGAUGAUGACAGUAUGGACUUUCUCCUUCCCCAUGAGACAACAGAAUCUCACAUCAUAUUAAACAUCACUGGAUUCAGCAAAUAUGGCAUCACCAAGGAACAGGAAGCUCCUGUCUCUCCUAUCCGUGCUCUGGUGCUACUAUUUUACAAACUCCCAGAUGAUAAUAAUGAGUCCACCCUAAAUGUGUUGUUGCUGCCCAGAAAUGUUAACAUUGAUGAGGUGUGUAAGACCAGGAGGACAAGGAAUGGAGACAGAGAAAUCUACAUUGAAAAAAAUCCUAACUGUAGACUAACCCCGGACCAAGAAUACACCCUCUCCACCGAUCUAACAGAUGAACAUCACAUAGAUCCAAAGAAAGCAGAGUUUGUGGAUUAUGAUUCCUAUACCAACUACAUGCUGACAUUUCAGUUGCGUUUAAAAACAGUUGUUGAAGAAGUGUAUCUUCUUCUGGAAGAACAUGGCGGUCCUGAAAAUGAACGUGUAUGGGACCGCCUUGUUUCACUACCAGUCUCCCCAACAGAAGUUCCCUCUUCAGCUUCUGUCCAGGUCCAACCUCAUGGGCCUGUGGCAUCAGUACCAGCAGGCCCCGCCCAGGUCCAGCCUCAUGGGCCUGCAGCUCCUACUGCUGCUGUUCGUCCAUCUGUCCGUGAAGAUCAACCAGACUUGAGAUGAUCAAAUCAGUGGCUUCCAAAUACAAAUGUAAUGAAGUCUUUAUCUGUGAUUUAAAUGAAUGAUAAUGUGGAAUAUACAUUUCUCAUGAGCUUAGUUCAACUGCCUUUCCCCAUUAGAGGCCAAAAUAAACUUGUUUUACUGAAUUCUUUGUAAACAAUGGAAUUGUUUAAAUAAACUCUAAGCCUCAAAACAACCAUCAUGUUGAUAUCAUGGAUGGUCAGUCCUCUAUGAAUUAGAGUUAACGUGGUUGGUCACUUUUUGAACCACAGGUUGACCCUUGAUAUGCCAAAUUCAGUAAUGGUCAGAUACAGUAGAUAUUUGUGUAUCUUUGUGUAUAGGAAAGAGCUUGCUAGUAAGCGUUUCUCUGCAUCCUUUACACCCGCUGUAUCCUAU